AUGACACAUGGCUUUGUUAGGAAUCCCCAACGGUCUCGCAUGACGAUGAUGUUUUCCGAGUGGAUCCUGAGAGCCAAGAGCACUCUACGUCCACCACCCCAAUCCGACACUUGCGCAAUUGGAGUCGUACGGGGUUCAAAGAAGAGUUGGUUGGGUAACAUCUCCAAGGCGUGGACUGCUCUUCAAUACAAGCUUUACCCGGAAUGCAGUCCACAUGCGGACCGCCGAGGUUUUGAUGCUCUCUCAGAGUACAGCCCAGACAUCCUUGACAAAUAUCUGAACCGAUCAAAGUUCGACAAUCCGUUGAUCUAUCGGCAAUUAAAAGGGAUUACAGCCCCACUACAAGCCCUAUCGACUGCUGUGGAAGGCGGCAGUACCACAACAACCCUCCAAACUCAACGAAUGCAAGGCACUUUGCCGUCCUUCUCCCAGAAGCACGAGUUCGACUUCGACUACGACAACGUUAAAGUCACACCAUACGCGAAAAGCUCCAAGUUGGCGCUCAACCAGGCUAGCAAAACUUCAGCUAGCACCAGGGGCCACAAUCCUUUCCCAGGACCUUCGGCAACAAACCCAAAACCAUCUACGCCACUCGCACUGCCUGAGGAUCAGAUGGCACAGGAAACAAGGGCGUUCAAUACUAUUAAUUCCGGUGGAUCCCACUGA